AUGGCUAGUCCAGUUCACAGUCGUUCGCCAUCACAUACAUCGACAGGGCCUCCUCCGCGCUCUCCUUCGCCUCCCUCGCAGAUCUUCCACAAGUCGCUGAGCAUACCCCCAGUUCCAACUCCGGCACUCCUCGAAUCAGUCGCUGGAGCUGCUCAUUACUCAGGUGUUCCAGUGGAUGGAAGCACAGGGAAACGUCGUAGAAGAAGUAGCGCGCGGCCUACAGACGUGAAGAACCUCAAACCGGAUCAUCAGCGAGUUCUUGACGAUCUGAAGGAACUCUACUGCGGUAGACCUAGUGUGGAGAUCUUUGAGCGAAGUUUCCGAAAAGAUGCGGUAUUUGAGGAUCCGUUAUCGAGAUGUACUGGAGUUGAUGAGAUCGCUGCACAAUUUUUCGCACUGCCUAAAUUCUUUUCGAAAUCAGAAACCCUCGCUUCACGGGUCAUGUCUUCGACUGCCGUCCCGAAUCAAAUAAUCUACUGGCAAAGACAAGAGUAUACCGCUCGAAUCUGGGGAAGUACAAAGGUCAUUGAAUCGAUAAUUGUAGUGGAUCUUGACGACGACGAGAAGAUUGUUAGUCUGGUGGAUCAGUGGGGCGGCAAUGACCUUCCCAGUUGGUUCGGAGCGUCACUUCUUCGUACUAUCAACGCGAAGUUGAUGCCGUGGGUGAUACGAGUACCGAAAUCCUAGAGGAAACCCUAGGAUCCUAUGCUUUUGACUUGUCCACGAUAUCUGUAAAUGUAAUGGCCGGACUGACAAGUGUA